UGGGUGCCGAGUGUACGCUGCCUGGUUAUAUAAAUACAAAUAGGUGAAGAGGGGCAACGGAGACCUCUUGCACUUUCUUGACGGCGCACGUCGCAGCGACCAGUCCUCGCCGAGCAUCAUGGCUCGACACGCGUGUCUGUGUCUUGGUGUGUUGUUGCUCAGCUGUCUCGUGAAUGGCGAGACACGGGUUAAGCGGCAGGAGGAGGAUGGCGGAGAUGAAGUAAACGCAGAACAGUUGUGCGAUGGCCGCCCGGCUGACGAAUAUUUCCGUCUUACCACCGAAGGAGACUGCCGCGAUGUAGUCAGGUGCGACAAGGGCGGUGAGAACGGCGUGACGCGGCUCGCCUCUGUGCGCUGCCCCGGCGGUCUCGCCUUCGAUAUCGACCGUCAAACUUGUGAUUGGAAAACACAUGUUAAGAAUUGCGAUAAAAUAGAAAAACCAAGGAAAGUGUUGCCUAUCCUGAAAACGGAUGAGCCCAUCUGCCCUGAAGGAAAAUUAGCUUGCGGAAGCGGAGACUGUAUCGAGAAGGAAUUGUUCUGCAAUGGAAAACCAGACUGCAAAGACGAGUCUGACGAAAACGCCUGCACGGUCGACGUAGAUCCUAACAGAGCCCCUGACUGCGACCCCAACCAAUGUGCUCUUCCCGACUGUUUCUGCUCAGCAGAUGGUACUCGCAUCCCAGGAGGUAUUGAAGUCAACCAAGUGCCUCAAAUGAUCACCAUUACUUUCAAUGGUGCCGUAAACGUUGAUAACAUUGACUUAUACGAACAAAUAUUCAACGGAAACCGCCAUAACCCCAAUGGUUGCCAGAUUCGUGGUACAUUCUUUGUCUCGCACAAAUAUACCAACUAUGCUGCUGUACAGGAAUUACACCGUAAAGGUCACGAAAUCUCCGUAUUCUCUAUUACUCACAAGGAUGAUCCUCAAUACUGGAGCAGCGGAAGCUACGACGACUGGCUUGCUGAAAUGGCUGGUGCUCGUCUCAUUGUCGAACGAUUUGCCAACAUUACAGACUCAUCAAUUAUUGGCGUCCGUGCACCUUAUUUGAGAGUUGGUGGAAACAAGCAAUUCGAAAUGAUGGCUGACCAGUACUUUGUAUACGAUGCUUCUAUUACGGCUCCUCUUGGUCGCGUUCCCAUCUGGCCCUACACGCUGUACUUCCGUAUGCCCCAUAAAUGCAAUGGUAAUGCUCACAACUGCCCAUCUAGAAGCCACCCUGUUUGGGAAAUGGUAAUGAACGAACUGGACAGAAGAGACGACCCAACGUUUGAUGAAUCCCUUCCUGGUUGCCAUGUGGUCGAUUCCUGCUCUAACAUCCAAACCGGAGAACAGUUCGCGCGUCUUUUGCGUCACAACUUCAACCGCCACUACAGUACCAACCGUGCCCCACUAGGUUUCCACUUCCACGCUUCAUGGCUCAAGUCUAAGAAAGAGUUCAGAGAUGAACUGAUUAAAUUCAUUGAAGAGAUGUUGGAAAAGAACGACGUUUACUUCACUUCUCUCAUUCAAGUCAUUCAGUGGAUGCAGAACCCUACAGAGCUGACAUCGCUCAGAGAUUUCCAAGAAUGGAAACAGGACAAAUGUGAUGUGAAGGGACAACCUUUCUGCUCCUUACCAAAUGCGUGCCCCCUUACAACUCGCGAGUUACCAGGGGAGACUCUUCGUCUUUUCACAUGCAUGGAGUGUCCUAACAACUAUCCAUGGAUUCUGGAUCCUACGGGGGAAGGCUUCAACGUGAAGAAGUGAUCUCUUAAGAUAAAUCAAAAGACUGUACACAUGUAAAUAAUACUCAAUAAUGUUAAUAAUAAUUACAGUAAUUAUUAUGAAUGUGGCAGAGCGUCAUCUUGCAGUGAAAUUUGUUUUAAUUAGAAACAUUAAAUAAAAGUGAAAAAGUGACUACCGCUCAAGUAAUACCUACUGCCGUUACUGAAUUUUAGCAAAUAUAUAGGUAAAAACUGACGUUUCAUAAUAAUUUAGGUUAUUGCGUACCUACAGUUAUGAACAAUAAAAUUUUUAAUUUUA